CGGCCGUUCAGUCCAGUUUGGUUUGUGCAUCGAAUCAAUGCUGGCGCUAAUUCGCUCCGCUAGUGAGUCACUGGAGUGGAAAGAGUGAAAAAAAUCGAUUCAGCCGAAAAAAACAAUCAGUCAAACUGAGUCAUUCCAUUUGUGCGCGCGCGCCCGUUCACGCUCCCUCUGCCACCGACUAAGGGCAGACUGGAGUGCAUCGCGCUGGUCCGUUGGUCAGUUGAACUCACGUCGUCGCGGACUAUCCAAGUGGCACGUGCUGUCCGAUACUGCCGAUCGUGACUUUAAAAUAGUGAUCUGAAAUAUUAAUUUGCCAUAGCCUGAUCGGGUUUUACGCUAAAUUGAAAAACAACCGGUGGCCAGUGUGAAAAUCGCAUACUAAAAGCCUGAGCAAACCUGCCUCGGGAUUCGCGAGUUUUACGAUAAGAUAAGAUAAGCUUAUAUCGCAGCAAGAAGCUUAACACUGAACGGUAAGCUUGUUAGUUUGUGAACUAUUCUGCUCCCGAAAGGGUCAUUUGCGGUACGCACGUAACCGGGCCCGAUGACGGUUCUAAGCUCCGGAGAGGGUGGUGUUCCACCGCCUCCCCCACCGCCGAUAUCGAUUUCUCCAUCGCCCAUCACCGGAACGAACGGGACCGGACCGGACCAGAACCUGCUGCUCUUGGACAUUCGUAACGGAAUCACCUUAAAGCCGACCAAAACUAGAGAUAAAAGCACACCAGCGUUCAUAAAAAAAUCCAAUGGUGUACAUAAGCCCCCAUCGCCGCCACCCACGCAGGCCGAGAAUGAAACCGCAUCCCCUCAGGAGGACAUGAAAGAUGCCCUUCAGGAGGAGCUACGUAGUACUCUUAGGCGAAAGAUCAAGAAGCAGGAUGUCGAAAUGGGUAACUGUGCGAAGAACGAUGAGAUCGAGAAAGCAAUGACCAUUAACCGAACAGAGAUUCAGCUGAAGGUUAACACUUCUGCCAGUUCCUCCCCAAGUAUGCUACGUAGAGAUGCUAGCCCUGUUGUGAAGAGCCCUCUUCUACCGAGAGCUGCCUUGAACACUGAUAACGCAACUAAUGGAAAUAGUGAAAGCUUGCCCAAGCCACUCGAGAUAGUGAAAAGUCCAGUUUUGCAAAGACCACCAGCAAAGCCAGAAAGAACAUUCACUACUCAAGUGGCAAAUAAUGCCCAGAUAAAUAACACAAUUGCUACCAAUAACGGUCUAACUCAGAAGGAAGUCCCCAGAGCAAUGAGCCCGGUAAAGUCCUCAAUCGUCAAACCAGCGACUAAUUCCAAGCUAGUAGAACCUGGUACCCUAAAAAAAGUUCCCCAACACCGGGAGCUUAAGAUUGACGUCAACUCCACCGGCACAAGUGACGGGCUGAAAAACGCAAUCUUAUCACCGGAAGUGAAAAGCGGUUACGCAUCGAUACGACCAUCCCAGAUAAAGACACUCACCAAACAGGGCAGUCUGGUAUCGCACACUGACAUUGUGGAACAGCCCAAACCCGUCAUCAAAAGUCCCAUCGCGCUGGUAGAGUCCCCAAAACCUUAUCACUACUCACCCCCCACACCGAAAGCUUCGAGUUCUCCCAGCAGUGGGCAAUCGUCACCACGAACCCCUACCCGAACAACCAUACUGGACACGAAGUUCAGCCGUAGCCUCAAAUCCCCGCUUUUACCGACAGCGAUGGACCCGAAUGCUCCCAUGAAAAAGCUACUAAUAUCACAUCCGAAGGCAAGUUUCACCCUGCCCCGAACUAACAAACAUUCUACCCGACAAACCAUUCUACCGUCCGAGAGGGGCCAUAGCACAGACCAAAAACCAGUAUUCCGUAUUCUAACAGCACUGGAACAGGCUGAACGAAGCGAUGCCGUAGUAAAAUCCGAUGGCAAUCAACAGCCGACCCAACAGCAGCCUUCCACCACCGUGAAGGCUGAUGUCCCCGGAACGGAACCGGUCCUGACAUCGUACGUUAGCUUCGCCAAGGAUUUAGCCAACGCACCGAACAACUAUCCGGACAAGGUCACUACGAAGUCCACCACCACCGUGAAGCAGGAUCUCUUCUUCGAUAACAUGAACCUGCGGGACAUCAAGAUCGAUAUAGUCGAGAACGGACAGCUGAGAGUUACGAACAAAUAGGCGGGGAUUAUGUUUGUGUUUCAGGCAGCUAGCGUAGAAAGAUUUUUCACAAGAUGUGAGAAGAGUGAAAACGGUUUUCACGACCUGUUGGUGUAUGUUUUAGUCAUUUUUUCCUAUAUAAAUAUAUUUUUCCUGGUAAUAUUUAAUAUGAGAAAUAUAAGCUUUUUAAAUGUAUCAAAGAUGCGAUGAGUUUAAAAAUAAUUUGUGAGUCAAUAAAAACGUUAUAUCCAUUCGCA